GUAAAACCAUCAUCAUCGCCGGCGAACCAUCCAUCCAUCCAUCCAUGUCUUUUCGAGACUCUCCGGCCAUCGACUUUGUUCACCAGAGAUUCAAGCGCAAGCUUGAAGAUUUCGAUGACGAUGAUCUCUCCUCUGAAUUAACCUUCGUCAGGAUGAGAAAAGAUGAUCCUAACCCUAACCCUCUUCCCUCCACCGCUUCUGGUAACCCUCGUCAACCCCUUCACUUUCAAUACCGGGCCUCUACUUCCACUUCCACCCAAGACGCUUCCUUGUCAUCCUAUCCUAAUCGUAUCCAAUUCUUCGUUCGUAUGAUCUCUGGAGGUAAUACCUUAGUUCUUAAUGGAGAACCUGAUGAUACUGUCAAAUUAAUCCAUGAGAAAAUUCAGGCCGUCACCGGAAUUCCGAUGAUCGAGCAGCGUUUAAUAUAUCGAGGGAGGCAGCUUCAGUGGGACCAUACUUUGGCCGAGUGUAUGAUUAAAAACGACGCAGGUCUGCAUUUAGUGGGACGAAUGCGGAGCACAGAGCAUCCUCAAGCUUGGCAAUUGGUCGAUGAUUUGGUUUCAACGAUUUACCGGUUGUGUAAAGGAGAAAAGGGGGUUUGUUUGAAGUCCGUGAAACCCAAGUUGAUAGAAUUCCUAAACAUGACGGCUAAGAAUGAUGUGGACCGUGACCACCCAGCACCUCAUCUGAAUAUAUUUCUAUCUUUGUGUGCUCCAGCAGCCUUGGUAAUGCUCUACAUGUCGCCUCAUGAAGGUAACAAAGAGUGUGCUGAAGAAUUAAUUCGACAUUUCAUUGAUUCUAGUAGGGAUAUGUUGCCAAAACCUAUAUAUUCACAGUGCGCACCUGUAGUGUUAGAGUUCUGUAAAUUGAUAGGUAGAACUGCUGCACAUGAUGAUCCUUUGUAUAAUUUAUGCCGGGGUAGUCUAGCUUCGAUGGUGGAGGACCUCAGGAUUGGAAGGAGUUUGCGGAAUUAUGACAAUAGUAGUAAUAAGCCUGUGACCAAUAUUGCAGUUGAGGACAUUUUUCCAUUUGUGGCUGAGCUUGCGAAUUUGCUGUCAGAGACUUUGGUUUCUAGUAUGGAGUCCUUAGAUAGUAUUAGUCCUUCACCAUGUGAUGUCAAUAACUUUGCUGCAUUCUUGCGGCCUCUAAGGGCUGCAAUCAAAGAUCAGCCAGAUUUUGGGGGACUCAUACCAAUGCCGAUUAGGUACAGCCUCCCUUGUUACAGUGAUGAAAUCAAACUGCUAUAUAUUCUCUUCUGUGAGGUGUUUGAGAAAGUGCAAAUGUGUCUUGAUAAAAUGGAGGGUGACUUGGUGAUGGAAGAGACAGAAGAUGGUGGAUGGGAUCAGUACCUUGCUAUCUUGAAGGAGUUGCGUGGUAUUGCCAAACUAUAUGAAGGAGCAGAGGAUUUCUUCUGGGCAAAUUUGAAGCGGAACAAGGUUUCUUUGAGCUAUCUAAUUCUUAGAUAUGCCACGAGAGACGAGGACUAUAAAUGGAUUCUUGAGCAUAAGGAGCUUCUGGACUUUGAAUCUAGGAGGCAUUUGGUGAUGAUGUUGCUUCCAGAGAUGAAGGAUGAGUAUGAGGAACUCCAUGAGAUGCUUAUUGACCGAUCUCAGUUGUUGGCUGAAUCUUUCGAGUAUAUUACACGGGCAGAUCCGGAUAUGCUACGUGGUGGGUUAUUUAUGGAAUUCAAGAACGAGGAAGCUACAGGUCCUGGUGUAUUACGUGAAUGGUUUUUCUUGGUGUGUCGAGAAAUCUUCAAUCCUCAAAAUGCUCUAUUUGUAGCUUGCCCAAAUGACCGUAGAAGAUUCUUUCCUAAUCCGGCAUCUAAGGUGGAUCCGUUGCACCUCGAAUAUUUUAACUUCGCAGGCAGGGUAAUCGCCUUAGCCUUGAUGCAUAAAGUACAAGUUGGCAUCCUCUUCGAUCGUGCAUUUUUCUUGCAAUUGGGUGGAACUAAUAUCGCUUUGGAAGAUAUAAAGGAUGCAGAUCCAUACUUGUAUAGUAGCUGCAAGAAAAUAUUGGAUAUGGAUCCCUUAACAGUAGACCAAGACGCCCUUGGUCUAACAUUUGUUCGGGAAGUCGAAGAAUUAGGGUCCAUGAAAGUUGUGGAACUUUUUGCUGAUGGAAAGAACAUUGUUGUGAAUAGCAGAAACAGGGAGGAGUAUGUUGAGCUUCUUAUUCAGCAUCGUUUUGUAACAUCUGUCGCUGAGCAGGUAAACCAUUUUGCUCGGGGAUUUGCAGAUAUUGUUGGCGAGGAAAAGAUCCAGAAGUUAUUUUUCAAGAGCUUAGAGCUUGAGGAUCUUGAUGGCAUGCUGCAUGGGAGUGAGAGUCCCAUUUCUGUGGAGGAUUGGAAGGCGCAUACAGAAUAUAAUGGGUAUUGGGAAACCGAUCCUCAGAUAUACUGGUUCUGGAAGAUCGUUGGGGAAAUGACAGCGGAGCAACAAAAGGUUCUUCUUCUGUUUUGGACAUCCCUAAAGCAUCUACCAGUCGAGGGUUUCGAAGGUUUGGCGUCAAAGCUUUACAUUUAUAAAUCGAACGAUUCCCUGGACCUUCUGCCUUCUUCGCACACAUGCUUCUACCGAUUAUGUUUUCCUGCUUACCCAUCAAUGGGCGUGAUGCGAGAACGCUUAAACAUCAUCACUCAAGAUCAUGUGGGGUGCAGCUUUGGAAUAUGGUGAAAUAUCGAGACAAGGAGACCGUUGCACAUACCCACAAGUAGUUUGUACUCAUCUUGUGCAGAUAUGAUAGUAGGGGUAAGUUACUAAAUUUAUCUUGAAUUUAGACCAAGUAAGAAUGCGAUGAUACUGCUGUUGUGUUCUUCCAUUGACUGUUGUAGGUCUGAGUCUGUCAUGUUUAUAACUAGGCAUAUAUAUAUAUAUAUAUUAUGAAUAAAGACAGAAAUUAGGCUUCUUUAAACUUCAUUAUCUUUGGUUCAAAGUAUGUGUUUUCGUUUUUCAUAAUGAGAAC